UAACUUUAAUAUUGCUUUUAAUUUUCAAAACAAACGCCCACCUGGCCACCGUCCUUUGUUUCUUCCUUUCCCAGUUCAUCCCUUUUCUCCCUCUUAAUUGUUCAUUUUCAGUUACGUGCACCCUAAAUCAAACCUAACCAAUUUUGCCAAACCAAAUAUGUCGCCAUGUCCAUUUCAUACUCUUCAAAUUCCUUCUUCUACCUACUGAAUUCCCCACAUGACCGAGCCAUUCGCUGACUCCGAUUCCGACGCCUGGCAAGAUCUUCUCCGGAGAAUGUUGCCGGCAGGAGCUCCGUUGCCGGACGAUGAACAACUCGACUACUCCAUCGCCGUUGAGUAUAAAGGUCCUCCGUUGGAUUUUCCUGUUCCUGUAGUUGAUCCACUCUCUUCCCAAACUACCCUCCAAAAACCUCCCAAAUACCGUAAGGUACCGUCUGUUCAUUCUAAGUUUGCUCUGCACAUGACGAAAAACAGUAGCGGAAGUGGAAGUUCGAGUUCGGCUUCAAGGCUACGCAACAAUUCCAGCUCGGAAUUCGAAAGUAAAAUCCCGACGGAUCAGUCUCUUUCGGACUUGAACAAUAGUGGUAAUGUUCUGACUUCUGAUAUUGAUGAAAAUGUUGAGAAUGAAUAUGAACAUGAUGAUGAUCAAUAUAAUAGCGUUGCUAGAAAUGAGUAUAAUUCACCGCGGUCUGAUUAUGUUGAUGGUAAAUCAUUGCCGGUAGGGGAGAAAGAUGGGAAAAAUGAUAGUCUAGGGGAUAAGGUUAGGGUUCGGGUCUGUAGUAGGUGUGGGAAGAAGAGUAGGUUAAGGGAGAGAGAGUUUUGCAUUGUGUGUGGGGCUAGGUACUGUAGAAACUGUUUGCUUAAGGCUAUGGGCUCAAUGCCAGAGGGUAGGAAAUGUGUGGGAUGCAUAGGAGAGACUAUAGAUGAGGCUAACAGAGAGAAAUUGGGUAAGUGUUCGCGUUUGCUGGCGAAAGUCUGCAGUCCAUUGGAAGUCAAGCAGAUAAUGAAGGCUGAGAGUGAGUGCUUGGCGAACCAAAUUCAACCUGAGCAGGUGUGGGUCAAUGGAAGGCCAUUGCGGGAGGAAGAAUUGGUAGAGUUGCUUGGAUGUGCAAUGUCACCACAGAAUUUGAGACCUGGAAAGUAUUGGUAUGACAAGGAUUCAGGGCUUUGGGGAAAGGAGGGAGAGAAGCCAGAUAGGAUAAUAAGUUCAAAACUGAAUGUGGGUGGUAAGCUUCAGAUUGAUGCUAGUAAAGGAAACACAAAAGUAUUCAUCAAUGGCCGGGAGAUUACAAAGGUUGAGUUCAGGGUUCUGAAGUUAGCCAAGGUUCAGUGUCAACGAGGUACUCACUUUUGGGUAUACGAGGAUGGAUCCUACGAGGAAGAAGGUCAAAAUAACAUUAGAGGAAACAUAUGGGGAAAGGCAUCUACUCGUUUCAUUUGUUCACUGUUUUCAUUGCCUGUUCCACCUGCAAAUAUUCAUGGGCCAAAAGAAGAUGCAACUGCCUUUUCAGGUGGGUCUAUACCUGAGUAUUUGGAGCAUGGUAGAGUACAGAAACUUUUGUUGUUUGGGUUGGAAGGAUCCGGGACAAGCACCAUUUUUAAGCAGGUGAAGUUUAUGUCUAAAAGCAAAUUCACAGUUGAUGAGGUACAAAAUAUCAAGCUUACCAUUCAAAGAAACAUCUAUAGAUACCUUAGUGUCUUGCUCGAGGGGCGAGAGCACUUUGAGGAGGAGGCAUUGAUGGAUAAGGGAACUUCUGAUUCGGAGAGAGAAAAUCUUUCACCAGUUAAUUCUGGUGAAACAGGAACUGAUGGGAGCAGGCGCUGCAUAUACUCAAUCAAUCAAAGAGUAAAACAUUUUUCUGAUUGGUUACUGGAAAUCAUAGCUAUGGGAGAUUUGGAUGCUUUCUUUCCUGCUGCUACACGUGAAUAUGCACCAGUUGUAGAUGAGAUCUGGAGAGACCCUGCCAUCCAGGAAACAUACAAGAGAAGGGGUGAACUGCAUUUUCUUCCUGAUACUGCUAACUAUUUCCUGGAUCAGGCCCUCGAGAUAUCUAGUAAUGAGUAUGAACCUUCAGAAAGAGACAUUUUAUAUGCUGAAGGGGUGACUCCUAGCAAUGGGCUUGCUUCUCUUGAAUUCUCAUUUGAUGAUCACAGCCCCAUGUCUGAGAUCUACGGCGAGGACUUAGAAAGCCAACCUUCUUGGACCAAGUAUCAAUUGAUCCGUAUCAGCUCCAAGGGAGUCCAUGAUAGUGGCAAAUGGCUUGAAAUGUUUGAAGAUGUCAAAGUUGUAGUCUUUUGUGUGGCCUUGAGCGACUAUGACCUGGAGUGGACCCGAGGUGAUGGUACCUCAGAAAAUAAAAUGUUGGCAAGCAGAGAUGUAUUUGAGAGUUUAGUUAGACAUAGUAGUUUCGAGGAUGCUUCCUUCGUGCUGCUCCUAAAUAAAUAUGAUAGCUUUGAGGAUAAAAUCAACCAAGUUCCUUUGACAGUCUGUGAUUGGUUUCAUGACUUUAGACCUUUCAGACAUCGACAAAAUAAUCAAGCCCUGGCAAAUCAAGCAUAUUAUUAUGUUGCUGUUAUGUUCAAACAGGUCUAUGCUUCAAUCACAGGCAAAAAACUUUUUGUCUGGCCAACCAGGGCACUUGAACGUACAUCUGUCGAUGAAACAUUUAGGUAUAUACGGGAAGUUCUAAUGUGGGAGGAAGAGAAGAAAAGGAUGUAUUGCAUGGCCGAUGAUGAUUCUUACUCCAGUACAGAAACCGACUAAAAGUGCAGCAAAAAUGAUCUUGGUCGCCAUGUUGCAGGGGAAGAAUGAGAUAUCAGUUUGCCACUUGGUUUUGUCAUAAUAAUCUGCAGCCUUGUGCUUUUCUAGUGGCUCCACAACAUCAUUCAGAACUUCGACUUACUGGAAGGAAGGAGUAUAGCAUUUCUUUUAACGAUUGAGACAAUCAGUGAUUUCAUUUGAAUAGAUGUAGCAGAUUUGAUGAAUUGAAAUGGAUUAUGUGUUGAUCCUUAGUUCCUCAUAGCUUGUAAAAAUGUAGAACAGGUUUUGGACUCUCUUUUCUUGUAAAUGUCUCAGCUUUUUGAGUUAUAAAAUGAAGAGUGAUUUUCCCUU